GUCUGACUGCCUCAUUAAAACAAUUAGAUCGGAAGGCUACUUUGGCAUGUACAGAGGGGCUGCAGUGAACCUGACUCUCGUGACACCAGAAAAGGCCAUCAAACUGGCAGCCAAUGACUUCUUCCGGCACCAUCUCUCCAAGGACGGGAAGAAGCUGACACUGCUGAGGGAGAUGCUGGCGGGGUGCGGCGCAGGUACCUGCCAGGUGAUUGUCACCACUCCCAUGGAGAUGCUCAAAAUCCAGCUGCAGGAUGCAGGGCGAAUUGCGGCACAGAAGAAGCUGAUGGCAGCACAGGCCCAGCUCUCCCCUUCCUCUGCGGCGAGGGUGGCAGAGCCAGUGGUGGAAACACGCACCACAGCAACGCAGAUAACAAGGGAGCUGCUGCGGAGCAAAGGCAUUGCAGGACUCUACAAGGGCCUGGGAGCCACGCUGCUAAGGGAUGUCCCGUUUUCCAUUGUUUACUUCCCAAUGUUUGCAAACCUGAACAAGCUGGGACAGAAAGACCCCAAUGUCAAGGCUCCAUUCUACGUGUCCUUCCUCUCCGGAUGUGUGGCUGGCAGUGCAGCUGCGGUGGCUGUCAACCCUUGUGAUGUGAUCAAAACACGGCUGCAGUCCUUGCAGAGGGGUGUGAAUGAGGACACCUACUCAGGAAUCCUGGACUGCACCAAGAAGAUCUGGCAGAAGGAAGGGCCCAUGGCCUUCUUGAAAGGGGCAUACUGCCGAGCCCUGGUCAUUGCUCCUCUUUUCGGCAUUGCACAAGUUGUCUACUUCAUCGGCAUCGCGGAAUUCCUGCUGGGGCUGAUGCAGGACCCCAGGGUUGAUUUUCCUUCUUUCCCGUUCUUUUUCUUUGCAUAG